UGCUGGACUUUGUGUGCUUGCCCGAUUCCUCGAACAGGGUCAGCACCUACACUGAAGAUCUUAUUCACAAACAAGAGCCUCUGAUGAGUGUGCUUCGGCUUCUCUGCUUAUUCUCCAUAACUGGUGGUGGAGUGCCAAAAAAGCAGUUUGAAUACUUCAGGCGGGAGCUUUUGCAAACUUAUGGCUAUGAGCAUUUAUUCACCCUCAACAACUUGGAGAAAGCAGGACUUUUCAGAGUCCAGGAGGGGAAGAGCCCAUGGCCACUGAUCAAGAAAUCGCUGAGACUUGCAGUUGAAGAUAACGAUGAUUCCAACCCGAAAGAUAUUGCUUACGUGUACUCUGGGUAUGCUCCCAUGAGUAUAAGGCUGGUUCAGCAUGCGCUCAAAGGAGGCUGGGGUGCAAUUGAUGAAACUUUGCGGUUGCUUCCAGGGCCAGCUUUCCAGAAGAAGCAACUCUUGGACGCAAGCAUACAGAGUGAUUCCCCAGCCGAUCACUUCCAUUAUGAGAAUGCUGGUGCUGGGCAAGAUGGCCGGCGCUCGCUUGUGCUUGUGGUGUUCAUAGGAGGGGUCACAUUUGCAGAGAUAUCGGCACUGCGUUUCCUCAGCAAACAGGAGGACAUGAAGUGCGAUUUCAUUGUUGCAACGACAAAGCUGGUGAAUGGCUCCUCGCUGUUGGAAACACUAACAGAUGAUCCUCUCAGCUUGAGGUGAUAUUUUGUUAAGCAGAGUGGCCAAUCGCAAACAGCAGUGAAGAGACCUGAACUACGGAAAGGUUUGAUGGUGAAGCAUUUUGUCCUGUUCUCGCCCUUCUCUCUCUUUCAAUGUCGUGACACCACAUAGAUAAACUCUGGCAUUUCAGUUUGUGGAUGCAUAUGGCGUAUAUCCUCUGCACAGUUUGUUUGCAGAAUGCUGAGUGGAGUGCUGGUCAUCGCUGCACAGUUGUGGCUGUGCAGCCAAUCUUGCCAGUUAACUGAUUUAUUUGUAUAGAAUCUAUAGAUAUACUGGCCAAAUAAAUAGGCAGAUUCUAUUUUGAAUUUUUCCCACAUUUGCCUUGUGAGUGCGCGCUUUAGUCUUAUAAACUUUCAUUACCAUCUGACAAUGUGCAUUUGUAGGUUGACGUAGGCCGAACUAAAGUUGACAUCAACAGAUGAAAGGUUAGAUAGAUAGAUAGUUAGGUAGAUAAUCAGCCAGACAAGGUUACAGAGUGCGAUGAGGAAUUUUUUGCGAAAUUCAGUGCAGGUGCCUUUCACUGAAAAAUCGGAAAGUUUGUUACAGAAAGUUACAGACUACUGUUGUGAUAUUGUCUUCACAAUGCUCCAGCCUCUUGCACAAUUCCAAGAACUGAACAAUUCAGUGAAUUAUAAAAUAGACAGGUGUUCCGGAGGACAAUAAAAACGUGCACAGACUCUUAAGAAUAAAGGGGGGCAUCAUAUUACAGGGCUGGCCAUGUGCGUCAAGAUACACUUUGAGUGUGUAUUGUGACUGGUCUUAGUCGUGAGUUGCCAGUGCUGCCCAGUGAAAAAUUUCCCAUGGGCCCACUCCAAGAGUUUUCAUAUUCUUUUGGAACACAUGGAGAGGGGAAGCCAAGCUGCUCUCAGGAGAGUGCUACUGGUUUCACACGGCGUCUCUCGCCUUAUGCAAAUGCUACUGGUUUCAUGCAAAGCGUCUGCGGCCUUAUGCAAGUGCUACUGGUUUCAUGCAAAGCGUCUGUGGCCUUAUGCAAAUGCUACUGGUUUCAUGCAAAGCGUCUGUGGCCUUAUGCAACCUGUGGAUUCGUGUGCUGCCUGGCUGUACGUGAUUUUGUUAGGAACUCAGGAUUGGAUUGCCUGAUUGAUUUGGCUGUUGUCUUUGGCUGUGCUGCACGGUGAACUUCAGUGAGUAGGCUCAGAGAGCCUAUGGGUGUGAGUCCCAUAGGUUGUGGCCACGCAGCCUACCGUGGCCUUCUUUCAGCAGGGCUUUGUUACGACACAAAGGGAGAGGACAAUUGUGCGUUGCUCACUAGGGAUCCCGGUGGCGCAUGAAGGUUCCACGGUCGUAGGCAAGUGUGCAUUAAUGGAUGUGCGGGUGAAUGUCCGCUAAUACAUCUUCCACUCAUCCCGGGGACCAUAUCCUGUCCACUCAUCCCAGGGACCUUACCCUGUCCACUCAUCCAGGGGACCAUAUCCUGUCGCCACAAGGAGAUCGCUGGAUUUAGCCUAUCCUCGGAAGAUUUCCAACCUUGUGUCCGAGAUGCAGUUGAAUAGGGAGUUCAUCAACGCGAUGUGUAGGUGGGAUACCGGACCAAACAUGGCAAGGAGGGCACGAAGCAACGUCUUCUAUGUACUUAGGUUGAUUAUUGACGUACUUACUGGCACAGGUAGAGAACCCAUGUUUGUACUGUGUACUGCGACUGAGCGUUGACAGGACGGAUCUGUUAACACUUCCUACUUAACCAUGUAGAUGCGCGGAACCUUGCACACUCUUCAAUGUUACGGGGUCAUGCUUUGACUGUGCACCCACGUACAGAUGCAUUGAACCUUGCACUUGCCAAGUAGUGAACGCCUUUAGCUUGGGCAUCAAGCAUGCCUUGGCUGAGUACAACUCCAUGCAUCACUAUAAAUAACACUGCUGAUGAAAUGGUUUCAAGGAAUAAUGGGCCCUUGGACUCUUUCGGAAAUUGAGUACAAGUUAGUAGAUAGAGAAUCGGUUUAGACAACACGAAUGACGAAAGGUGGGAAUAAUGCGUCCUUGGAAUCCUUUCUGAAAUCGUUGUUUCCGCUGCUGCUGCUGCCGCUGCCACUGCUGGAUUGCUGGAUUGCUGGAUUGCUGGAUAAUUUAAUGUUAGGACUUAGGACUCGUAGGAGAUGUUCUUUUACUGUUCUAUAUGAGAGCAUUCCUAAAAAUGUGUCCAAGAAAUUUAUAUUGUAUUGUAUUGUUCAUUAGACCAACCACCAUGGUGGAGCUCGCAUCUCACCUCUUAGUCUACAGAGGAAGAAUGAAGGAGAAGUUCCACCGUUAUCGCUGACAACUCGGAAAUGGUGUGCUGAUGAUGCAUAAAUGUUCCACCGUCAUCUCUUAGUCUACAGAGGAAGAAUGAAAGAGAAGUUCCACCGUCAUCUCGCUUAUGUAAACAAAUUGCAAGUACAUUU